GAUGACUUAAAACUCUCACACAGGAAAAAAAAAAAAAAAAAAAAUCUACCAAAUUCCAAAUUCACCUGUUUUUCUCUUUAGUUCUCCUUUUGCUCUCGCUAUCUCUCUUCUCUCAUCUCCUCUCCUCUCCAUGUUUCUCAAACCCUAACCCUAGCUCCACAUCGUGAUCUUCAAUCUUCGGCUUCUAUAUACUCGAUCUAGGGCUUGCGAUUCAUCGAAGAAUUCUCAUAUACGUAUCUUCUCUCGCAAGCCCUCGAUUUUUUUCCGGCGAUUCUCUGAAAGGUUUCGAUUUCAGACGCUUUCUUCGAGUACGCGAUUUUGAAGACACGUUCGGCCAAUCGGAGAUCCUCUGAUCGGGUCUCGUUUCAUUCUGAUGCAUCCCUCAUCGGACUGACUGUGGAAGAUUUAGGGUUUGUGAGGUUUUCUCACUAUUCAAAGAACUGGCUUUUGCUUCGCCUUGAAGAUAAGGGGGAUUCUUCGAUUUUUGCUGAGAUCUGUGUAAUUCCACGGCAACUGUGGCAAUCGGAAGAGAAGAAUAAUCACUGCGAUCUGAUUUUUCUCGUUCAGACGCUAUCUGAUUUUACACUUUUUGUUUGAAGAUUUUGAUCGCGAAGAGAUUUCUGUGAUCAGCGGCGCACGAAGAAGAAUUAAAGAGCUCUCCUUCUGUGAAAAAUAGCAUGGCGGUGUAUUAUAAAUUUAAGAGUGCAAAAGAUUAUGAUUCAAUUCCCAUGGAUGGUCCUUUCCUCUCAGUUGGUACUUUGAAAGAAAAAAUAUUUGAAUCCAAGCAUUUGGGCAGGGGCACUGAUUUCGACCUUGUGGUCACAAAUGCCCAGACCAAUGAAGAGUAUCUUGAUGAAGCAAUGUUGAUACCUAAAAAUACCUCAGUUUUAAUUCGUCGUGUUCCUGGACGGCCUCGUAUGACAAUUGUUACUGAACAAGAACCAAAGGUGGAAAGUAAGAUGGAUGACCCUGAACCAGAAAAGAGUAGCUUUCCAGUUUCUAAUGCUUCUACCAUGAAAUAUCCUGAAGACUCGGAAUGGGAUGAGUUUGGAAAUGAUUUGUAUGCAAUCCCUGAAGUUCUCCCUGUUCAGUCAAACAAUCCAGUUCCGGAAGCUCUCCCAACUAGCAAAGCUGAUGAGGACAGCAAGAUUAAAGCUCUAAUUGAUACUCCUGCCUUGGACUGGCAACGUCAAGGUCCUGAUGGCUUUGCCCAUGGUAGAGGUUUUGGAAGGGGGGGUAUGGGAGGUAGAAUGGGUGGGCGUGGAUUUGGUCGAGCAGGAUUUGAGCGCAAAACUCCUCCUCAGGGCUAUGUAUGUCACAGGUGCAAGGUGCCUGGGCACUUCAUUCAGCACUGCCCUACAAACGGUGAUCCAAAUUUUGACAUCAAAAAGGUGAAGCCACCAACUGGUAUACCGAAGUCCAUGCUGAUGGCAACCCCAGAUGGCUCAUAUGCAUUGCCAAGUGGUGCUGUAGCUGUCUUGAGACCAAAUGAGGCUGCUUUUGAGAGAGAAAUUGAAGGGUUACCAUCCACACGUUCUGUUGGUGAGCUACCACCAGAGCUCCACUGCCCAUUGUGCAAGGACGUAAUGAAAGAUGCUGUGCUGACAAGCAAGUGCUGUUUUCAGAGCUUCUGUGAUAGAUGUAUCAGGGACCACAUAAUCUCGAAGUCAAUGUGUAUAUGUGGGGCAACAAAUAUACUUGCAGAUGAUCUUCUGCCAAAUAAGACACUCAGGGAUACAAUCAAUCGGAUAUUGGAGGCUGGUAACAGCAGUGCUGAAAAUGCUGGAAGUACUUUUCAAGUUCAAGAUAUGGAGUCUGCUCGUUGUCCACAGCCCAAAAUUCCAUCCCCAACUUUAUCUGCUGCAUCAAAGGGUGAACAAAAGCGAUCAACCAUUAAUGAAGAGACCCCAAAGAUACAGGAUACUGCAGAUGAGGGAAAGGCUGCUGCUAUUCUCCCACAACAGACAGCAGAGCGAGCAAGGACUGCAAAAACAACUGAUAUCUCUGAAGCAACACACGAGUCGAUGAGUGUGAAAGAACCAGCAGCAUCACAGGGGAGUGCCCCCUUGGCUGAGGAAGAAGUGCAGCAGAGGUUGGCUGUCAGUGAUGCUGGAAAGAAAAAGAAAAAGAAGAAAGUCCGUGUGCCUACAAAUGAUUUGCAGUGGAAACCCUCUCAAGACUUUGCAGCUGAGAAUUAUAUGAUGCCUUUUGCUCCCUCUGCCUUUAAUCCAUAUUGGAACGGCAUGCAGCCUGGUAUGGAUGGGUAUAUGGCACAUUAUCCUGGUGCCAUGCCUUAUUCAGGUUAUGGACUAGGCCCCUUUGACAUGCCUUUUGGAGGAAUUCCUCCUCAGGACCCAUUUGCUGCACAGGGCUAUAUGUUCCCUCCUGUUCCACCUCAAAGGGAUCUUGCAGAUUUCAGUAUGGGUAUGAACGUUCCACCUCCAAUCAUGAGCAGAGAGGAAUUUGAAGCACGAAAAGCUGAUUUGAAGAGGAAACGAGAAAAUGAGAGACGAGGUGAAAGGGAGUUUUCCAAAGAUCGGGAUUUUGGUGAUGUUCAAUCAAUGAAGUUGAAAUCUAAGCCUAUUCCUCCUCACCCUGUAUCAAACGCGGAGCACCAUCCCCAGCGUCACCGUUCCGAGAGAUCCCCAGAUGCUCCACGCCCGGCCAAGAGGAAAUCUUCAGAGCACCAUCAUGAAUACGAUCGCGACCGUGAUCGUGACUACGACUACCACGACCAUGACCACCGCAACCACCAACGCCACCGUUCUGAGUCUUCCUCCGCUAGACCGCCACAACCACCCUCUUCUGAAACUUCAGCUGCGGCUGCGGCUGCCGCUGCUGCGGAGCGUAAACAAAAGGCUAGCGUGUUCUCCCGCAUAAGCUUCCCUGCAGAAGAAGCGAACAAGAAGAGAAAGCUGUCCUCCUCCUCCUCAACAGAAGCCCCCGGUGUCCCUGCGUCCUCCAAGGCAUUGGUAAAUGGGUAUCAUCAUCAUGAUGACUAUAAAUCCGGGUCUACAAAAGUAGCAGCUUCUGUGACUAGCGGCGGUGGAAGGAAGAGUAGUAGUGCUGUAGAUUAUGAGUCCAGUGACGAUGAUAGGCAUUUCAAGAGGAAGCCUUCCAGGUACGAGCCGUCACCGCCUCCACCUGUGGAGUGGGAGGAGGACGCUAGGCCUUCCAGAGGUUCAAGAGAACGGGAACGGAGCAAACAUAGAUGAGAUGGAUUAUGGUUGGAGCAGCUGGCUAAAGUUGAAAUGGGGAACAAAUAUAAUGAGAGAGAGAGAGGCAUAGCUAGCCAAGCCAGUCCACGUCAUUGGUGCUUGAGCUGAGCUUCUUCUACUCUGGCUGGCUGUUGAGGGCAAAGGCUCUGUGUCUCCGUCUCUCUCCUUUUACCUCUCCCCUAUUUGGGUAUUCUCAAUGUUACUGUAAAUGGGAACAUGAUGGGGGGGAUGGGAUAUAUAUAUAGAUGGUAACAGUAACACCCACUCUGUGUUAUUGGAAUGGAAAUCCUUCGAGCCUUGUAUUUAAGCUUUUAAGCUUGAUUUACAAUUUAUAAUAAUGACAUUUACAUUUUUCUUUUAAUAAUAAAUGCUUGCCAAUCUUCUUCUU